UGUUGUUUUCAUUUUCGGCAUCUCGUGGAAAAAUAAGUAAAACUGAAUGCCGGAAGAUGGCAAAUCGCACGGUUAAGGAAGCGAAGAAUGUGCACGGCACAAAUCCACAAUAUUUGAUAGAAAAGAUCAUCCGUUCCCGCAUCUACGACUCGAAAUACUGGAAGGAACAAUGCUUCGCCUUGACUGCCGAGCUUCUAGUGGAUAAAGCCAUGGAGCUGCGAUUCGUUGGUGGCGUCUUUGGUGGUAAUAUUAAGCCAACUCAGUUCCUAUGCCUCACUCUAAAGAUGUUGCAAAUCCAGCCGGAGAAGGACAUAGUGGUGGAAUUUAUUAAAAACGAGGAGUUCAAAUACGUUCGAGCACUGGGCGCCUUCUACUUGCGUUUGACCGGUGCUGCCCUCGACUGCUACAAAUAUCUGGAGCCUCUUUAUAUAGACAAUCGCAAGUUGCGACGGCAGAAUCGAUCUGGCCAGUUUGAAAUUGUCUACAUGGACGAGUACAUUGAUGAACUGUUGCGAAAUGAUCGUGUCUGUGACAUUAUACUGCCGCGUAUCCAAAAGCGCACCAUUCUGGAGGAAAACAAUGAAAUUGAGCCAAAAGUAUCUGUACUAGACGAGGACCUGGACGACGAGGUGCCCAGUGACGAUGAGAAGCAAGUCGACGAUCGAAGGUCUCGUAGUCGUGAAAGGGACAGGCAACCGGCGGCUACUCAAGGAAAUUCCAGCACCAGCAACAACCGUUCAAAGGACUACUAUGACGAACUGGAGGAGUACGACCGCCAACGUAAUCGAGUGAGAAACCGAGACGAUCGGAGGCAUGCACCAUCAGGAGGACGUCAUGACAGGGAUCGGGACAGAGAACGUGAACGUGAGAGAACGGAUCGAGAAAGAGAGAGGGAGCGGGAACGGGAAAGAGAUCGAGAACGUGCACGAGAUCGGGAGAGGGAACGGGAUAGAGAUCGAGAUCGUGCAAGAGAACGGGAAAGGGAACGUGAUAGAGAUCGUGCAAGAGAACGGGAGAGGGAACGGGAUAGAGACCGUGGCAGAGAACGGGAUCGACCGAUACGGAGAUAAAUUAGGCCAAUUUAAAAAAUGGUCUUGGCGUAGAUCCUCAAGAUAUCCAAUGCUCCUUGUAUAAUCCCAGAUCCUGACGCAUCAGUGAUCUGGAAGAGGAGGUGACGGCCAGCAUCUUGAAGAUUCCUUGCGGAAAAAUUACUGUGUCGAAUUUCGUUAGCGAUUGUCUCCCGAAGUCUACAUACCAAAUUUAUUGACUCUAUCUUACGUUAGUCGUUAAGAUCUAGAAUAUGUGAAACGAGAAAAAAUAAAGUGACUGUAUUUAUAUUUACA